UGUGGAAAUAAUACUCGCUGAGAGAGGAGUAAAAUUGCUUUGGUUAUUGUAUUAUCCCCUGUCUAAAUUCACCCCCGAGCGUCUGAAUGUGUUUUUAAAGACAUGUCGGAGUAACCCCUGAAAGAUGUGGGGUAAUUAAGGAACGAAGCUUACUUAACCCUCUUUGCUUUACCUCAUAAUUAGUGGCCCGGAGCAAUACUGUUACUCCAUCCUUACAAAAACAUUUUUUAUUAAGAACAGUCUGAGGAUAUGCAUGUUAUGAAUAAUUCCAUUAAUGAAUUUGCCGACUUCUCCGUUUUCUGACCCUGGAAAUCAAAGUGAUUAAUUUAUGAGUCUCGCAAGAAUUUCCCCAUACAUGCCUGUUGAUUGCACUGUUUAGAGUUUAUUUAUUAGCUGUUUAAUGGAAAUUAUACUAUUUUGUGACCUGCAACUCAAGGCACCCUGGCAAUUAGUCAAUUUUGCAUAUCACCUUAACCCUAGUCUUCUUGUCAUCAUGGUCUGUUGCAACCAUUGGAGUCUGCAACAAGUAUUAGUACCAAAAUAUUAGGGACUGUUUAUUUGGGCAGGUACCUGAUAUAGGCCUCUUGUAGCCUAGUGGGGAGCAAUGACAGCGCACUUGGGUAGGAAGGCAGGUAGGCUAAGGCAUAUAAUCAGUUCAUUACCCAUAUGAUGUUAAUAACACAGAUGUCCCCUCUUUAUUGAUGUGACCAAAGGCUAUGACAAAAAUACAUGGUUUUGGGAGAAGUACCGUCCCCCAAAAUUAGUUUGCUAGAAGAAAAACGUCUCCGGCGUUGAAAAGAGGUCUCUCCACUCUCCCCUUCGACAGAAACAUGUUGCGCAAGGGAAAAGAGCAGUACGUCUCUCCCACUGGCAGGGAGUCUUAAGGGCUUGUGAUUAAUUACUCUGGAGUGAAAAAGUUGUCAGCUCUUUGUGUAUGCAAUAAAUUAGAGGCUCCUCAGGUGAGCGCUACGUACGUGGACAUCCCCACUGCGCACCUUCUUCCACGACCGCGCCUCUUUAUAAAGAUUAUCCGGACUUGGAGCGGCACGACAACUUUUCUCCAUCUCGUAUUGGAGCAGCAGUGGAGUCUGGUGCACUAUAGAUUCUCUUCGCAUUGCCUUGAUGUCGUUACUCAAGACAAAGCUUUUGGGUAAAUUUGAAGGUUAAUAAGUGCUCCCUAUGGUUGGAAGACAGACGAUCCGCAUGGAUAGUGGAAAUGGCCCAGUGACAGUUAUGGAUGAGAGUCCCACAUCUAGCCCCAGCCCCAGUCCUGACAUGCUGACCACCGACAGUCUGCGUCCAGAGGCCCUGCAGCUCUCCAGGGUGGUCCAGGCAGGUGGGCUCUGUGGCAGAGGACGGCCGGCAGCAACCAACGCAGCGCGGGAGAGGAGUCGAGUGCAGACCCUGAGAAGCGCGUUCCUUGAGUUACAGAGGACUCUUCCGUCGGUGCCACCGGACACCAAACUGUCCAAGCUCGACGUGUUGAUUUUGGCCACCACGUACAUUGCCCAUCUGACUCAGACCUUGCAAGAGGAAGGGAUGGAUGAGGGAGAUAGCACUAGACAAACAGAGGCCUUACGCUCGCUGAAAGGUGAUGGUUACCUGCACCCUGUGAAAAAGUGGCCGAUGCGAUCCAGGUUAUACGUCGGAGCCAGCGGUCAGUUUCUGAACAAUUCAAAACAGACAGAAAAUCGAGGUGAAUCAUCGUCAACCUCAAGUACAUAAAUCUUUCCAUUGCAUAAGGAACUUCUCAUUCAGACGACCAUUAAUUAUGAAGACUCUUUCAGCAGAAUCCCCCCAUGAGGACUUUUGAAAUGAAUAGCAGACGGUGGUUCGGCGCCUGACAUUAUACGUUUUAUUCAUCAAACAAUUGAAGUAUCUGCUUUUGACGUUUCAUAUCAUGUAAAGGGGGCAGUCACGAGACAGUCAACUCUUUCAAUUGUAGGAAACACAUUGUAAAUUAAUAUAUUAUGGGAUUUAUGUAUAUAACAUUUGAGAAAGCCUAAAUAGUGUUUCUCAGUUGUUAUUUUGGCCUUGCUCUGCUCUGUUUUCUGCAGUUAUGUACUUGUUGGAGGUAUUACCGUGUAUACUUUUAUUUUAAAUUCCAUGUGUUGGGUAAUGAUCUUUCGGGCUUGACUUGUUGGCUAUGCACUUUCAGUUAAAACAUUUGCACUAAAUGCAUGUGUGAAUAACUUAACAUCUGUCAUGUGAAGUGGUCUGUCAAUCUCAACAAUGGUAGGAGCCUCUUCAUCUCCCCUUCUUUCUUACGGAAAUGGUUGUAAAUGUGUUUGUUGAUAAUGUCUUGAGAAAUAAAAAUAAUGACAUGUCUCCCACUCCGUAGGUUGUAAAUACGUUUACUGAGAUGUAUUAGUUGUAAGUGAAUAAACAUGUUCUCUCAUUGAAGACAAGCUAUAUCUUUUAACAAUCAAGAGGGAUUCCAUUUUAUUAUUUGCCUAAAAAGGAAUUAUGAGUAAACAUUCUUUGGCAAUAUGACAUUUUUUUGCAUGCAUGUGCUGACUCAGAUAAAUAUAUUACACUGGAAAAAAAAUAGAAACGCCACAUGUAAAGUGUUGGUCCCAUGUUUCAAGAGCUGAAUUAAAAAAUCUCAGAAAUGUUCCAUACUGUAACGAUCUGGGUGUAGUGGUUGCGAAGUUAGGCGCAGGAAGCAGAGAGUUCAGGGUCGUGCUAUUUAAUGCACAAACGGCGAACAUCAGCCACUCCACGAAACACAGGGCGCACACAAAACAAAUGCCCCAAACACGGGGACUAAAAACAGUCCAGAGAAAAACCCACGCUCGGCAACCACGUUAACCUCCAACGUGCACACAAGCAACACAAACAAUCCCGCACAAAGAGCAGGCGGGCCUACUGGUUAACAUAGACCGACUAAUCAGCCUACACACAAAACAGGUGAAACCAAUGAACAGAAAGGGGGAAAAGGAUCCGUGGCAGCUUGUAGGCCGGUGACGAUGACCGCCGAGCGCCACCCGAACAGGAAGGGGAGCCACCUUCGGUUGGAGUCGUGGCACAUACACACAAAAAUCUUAAGUUUUUUGCACACAUUUGUUUACAUCCCUGUUAAUGAUAAUUUCUCCUUUACCAAAUUAAUCAAACCACCUGAUAUGUGUGGCAUAUCAAGAAGCUGAUUAAACAGCA